CAUUUGUGAUAAGACAAAUUGAAUGUCCUAUAAUGGAUGGCAAUGCCAAAAGCAUUAAAUAUAAAUAUAUAUAACCCAACCCAAGUGAAUCAUAAAUUCUUUCAGUGUUUAAACUGUAUGUGAUAUCUGUGUUGAGUGAAGGUGACACAGGGUAAUGUUUUAUUUUUAUUUUUUUUGUACUGCAAAUAAUGUUACAGUAAAAUAAAAUUUGAUAGAAAUACUGUUAUCUAAAAGGAACAUUAGACUAUUUCUGAAAAUAGGCUCAUUUUCAACUCCUCUACCAUUUUCGAAAUCCGGUUAAUCCAUCUCCAGGUCUGGCAGUAGCACAUUUAGCUUAGCUUAGCAUUGUUCAUUGAAUCUUAUUAGACCGUAAGCAUCUCACUCAAAAAUUACCAGAGAGUUUCGAUAUAUUUCUUAUUUAAAACUCAACGAAUUUUGCUGCCACAUGGGUUCAGCAGAUGCAGUGAUAUUAUGCAGUGCCUAAAAAUAGUUCCUGUAUUGCUGCAACUACAUAAUAUCACAUAAUAUCACAUAAAUGCAUUAUAUCACAGCACCUACUACACCUGUGGUAUGUCAACAAAGUUCAUUGGUUAUUACGCCGUAGUGUAUAGGUGAUGAAUGAGUGUAUAGUUCUUAGCCAUAUCAGCCUAGAAAAUCUCACGAUGUAACUACAGAAGAAUCAAGUUUUAAAUAGGAAAAAUAUCUAAACUCUUUGGUUAAAACAUGCAUUAGGGUUUUUACAUAAUAUAACGAUGGGCAGGCACUGAUUAUUAUCCACCAGGGGGCCCAGUUUGACCAUUGUAAGCUAAUGAUGUUAAUGAUAAAAUAAAAAUUUGACUGAUGUAUUGCUCUCUCUCUCUCUCUCUCUCUCACACACACACACAGACACACACACACACACACACACAGACACACAUAAACACACAAAUAAUACUAAGGUUAAGUGCACUUAGUUAUUUGUAUAAUUUGUAUAUAAGUUAUUAUUUAUCGUAAUUUGAGAAUGAUAAAAAGAACAUCUUCAAAGGAGGCAGGAACAUGUGACCCUCUGUACAAAGAGUCACAUCAUCAGUUUGAAUAAUUAGUUUGUUUUAUUAGUGAGUUUUAAACUUGUCAAAUCAGUUUUAAAUUUAACUUUAUUAUUUUCCCACUAAUAAUUUGUCUUUUUUGUCAUAACAUAUAAAAUUUUAUUUAUGCUUGAACAGCAUCAAUAUGCACUAUAGAAUGCAGUUACUGAAUCAGCGUCAAAGGUUGAUGCAUGAACAUUCAGAGGAAAGAAUUUGAGAACAUGUCAAAAGAGACAUUAUUACACAUACAUAAACACAUAAUUGACUGUCUUUGCUUAAAAAUGUGAGUGUAUUCAUGUCAGAUCAUACUAUACAUGUACUUUAUGUAUGCAUUCAUUCAUACUGUAUGUGGCAAGCAUUUGUAUAAGCGAAGAUAAAAAAAAAAUGUAUUGCAUGUUAGUUCAUUCCUUCUAUUCCCUCCCAUUCCGCCUUUCAGUCUUUAGCAUUUCUUACUGCAUAUCAGAUAAGAAAUGGAUAACUUGCAAAGGAAAGGCUAAAGGUUGUUCUAAUUUGCUACCCACAGAGAUGUACAUACAUACUGUGCAUGACUUAGAACACACAAAUAAAGACUUUUGCACAUUUUGUACGUUAGAUCCUAACAAGUUAUUAUUAUUAUUUUUAUUUUUUUAUGCAGAAUAUUAAAUGUUUCUUUACAUACAAUAAUUACAAAUUUAUUUUUUCUUUAUUUUUUAAAGAUUCUUAAAGCAAUUUUAUUAUUAAUAUUAUAUCUCAUUACAUUAUGAAUCUUUGUUCAGUAACAAACAUGUAGCUUUAAUAAUAUAUGAACACACUUUUUUGAAUAGUUACAAAGAGUCUAGUUUAGUAAAUAAUCAGCACAGGUUGUGUAAGACUAGGUUGACAGAGGUUAAGCAUUACUGUUUUACUGAAUGGGCAAGUUAAUGACCAAAGGUUGCGUGUGAUAUGCCAACCAUGACUUCUUGUGCUGGAGAUCCAUGGCAAGCUACCAAGAGGUUAUGUGCCUGUAUAUUACAAAUAAGGAUUUUUAGGUGAUCUAAGUGAUUUAGUUUGCCAAACAUUAAAACACAUUUUAUACUACACAAAAAUUUUCUAACAAAUAUGAUCCUUGUGGGAUUCAAACCUUAACAGUCUAGACGUGGUUUAGCAAGUAUAUAAUUUACUUAACUCCAAAUUUACAUGUUAAAGACCUCUUUAUGGAUCAUCUUUCCCAAAGUAAAGCUUUUUCUGCUCAUUAUGCUGCAUUAAAAAGCUGACAACUUAGAAAGCAAUGCUCUAACAUGGGUUCCUCAAAGGAACAGCAAUCUGUUAUUUACACAGGCAUUCCUGAUAAGAUUACCGCUGCGUUUAAGAAGUAUGAAAGGCUAACCUGCCCCUUACAGCCCCCAAAGAGCUGCUGUAAUCGCUACAGGGAAUAAUAAAGAGCUUGCUUGUGACCUGCCUCUCUUGGGCUCCCUCAGUGACUGAAGGCAGUAGGUUACUUAAUCAGGGUCUCAGCACUAUUUGAUUGUUUCUGCCUCCAUGGACUGAUAACAACAUUUUUGGAAAAAUCACUGCUGGAGAGAAGCUGUCUCAUUCCUAUAUUGCUUUUAUUAUUUUUACUCUGUUAUUUUAUUCCCACUCUCUCUUCAUUCUUUUCUCUUAUUUUCUUGCACUCAACGGCUGAAUGGAUAAAGCUGGUAUGCCUGAGGCUUGCGGGCCCCUGGCAAGCCAUGAACAAAUCACAGAAACAACAGCACCUAGUUCUAAACUCUUCUGCUGCAGUCGUGUGCGUCGCUGGGUUCCCCUGGCCUACAGAGAGGAGCUCAACCAUGUCCUGCGCCUGUCAGGGCCCCUGCUCAUCUCCAGGAUCCUAAACUUUCUACUGCCAUUUGUCAUCACGAUAUUCUGUGGUCACCUAGGAAAUUCUGAAUUGGCUGGAUAUGCCUUGGCCUCUGCGACUAUUAAUGUGACCACAACAGCCACAGGAUGCGGUCUGGCCCUCGCAUGUGACACACUAGUCUCUCAGACAUUUGGCAGUAAGAACCUUAAGUGUGUGGGGGAGAUUCUCCAGAGAAGCAUUCUUAUCCUCUUACUCUUCUGCCUGCCAUGCUGGGCCAUACUCAUCAAUGCUGAGUCAAUACUACUCACCCUGAGGCAAGAGCCAGAGGUGGCCAGCACUGCACAGCUGUAUGUUAUGGCUUUCCUCCCUGCUGUUCCUGCCAUGUUUCUGCACCAUCUGCAGGUGUCUUAUCUGCAAAACCAGGGCAUCAUCCUGCCACAGCUGUACACAGCAGUUGCUGCCAAUGUUUUAAAUGUAGCAACAAACUACAUCCUUCUUCACUCAAUGAAACUGGGAGUGAUGGGUUCUGCUGCAGCCAACAGUGUUUCACAGAUCUCCAUCUGCCUCUUGCUGUUUGCUUACAUACGCUGGAAAAAGCUGCAUUUGAACACCUGGGGUGGCUGGUCUACUGCAGCACUGCAGGAGUGGGGCUCUUACAUGAAACUGGCUAUUCCCAGCACUCUCAUGCUCUGUUUUGAGUGGUGGGUCUAUGAUAUUGGAGGUUUCCUUGCAGGAAUGAUGGGGGAGGUGGAUCUUGCUGCUCAACAUGUGUUGCUGGAGCUGGGGGCCAUUACUUACAUGUUUCCAUUAGGUGUGCACGCGGCCGCUUGUGUGCGUGUGGGAAAUGCGCUGGGAGCUGGAGACACUAACAGGGCCCUGAUCACAAGUAAAGUUACUCUUAUGAUCUCAGGAGUUUUGGCUAUUUUACAGGGAAUCGUGAUGGGUUCCUCAAAGUCAGUAGUGGGAUACAUCUUCACUUCUGAUGAGAGCAUAGUGAAAAUUGUCUCGGAAAUUCUCACCCUGUACGUUUUCCUGCAGUUUUUUGAUGCUCUCGUGUGUGUGUGUUCAGGGAUUCUUCUGGGUGCUGGGAAGCAGAAGAUAGCAGCAUUGUCCAACUUGAUCUGUUACUACUGCAUUGGGUUACCAGUAGGAAUAUCACUGAUGUUUCUGGCCAAGCUCAGGAUACUUGGUCUGUGGCUUGGCCUCUUGAUUUGUGUCAUUAUUCAGACCUGUUUCUUCAUCACUCUCAUCUUCAAGCUCAACUGGAAGAGAGUUACUGAGAAGGCUCAGAAACGUGCAGGGAAACAUGCAAAGGUAGUGUCUGUUCAAAAGGCACCAUCGAUAGGACAGUCAGUCCUUGAUACGCUUGUUUCUGAAAGGCAGGAGAACGAUGAGCAAGAACCUGAUACUGGAGCAUCAGCAAGUAUCUCUGAACCUUGGGAUGACAUAACUGGAAACAAAUCCCAGCUAACAAGUAAUAGUCCUGAAGUGGCCGGCUUUGUCCAAGUGAGCACCCAAGAUCAGAGUAAACUAGUGAUGGCGAGUGAAAAUGGAGAAACCCAACCUAAAGUCUUGCUCUCUACGAACCAGCUUGUGCUCAGACGAGGACUUACGCUGUUGACCACUGUUCUGAUCCUGAUAGCUGGAGUCGCUGUGCACGUAGCUUGUCCUAUUCCAAAGUCUUUAGGUACUCAUCAAAGCAAUUUAACAAUUGAUUCAAGAAAUGUUUCCACUUCUAACAUCUUCCUCAACACCACAUUGAGCUAACUCUUACGUGAUCCAUCUUAACAUGUUCCCAAUUCUUCAGUGUUAUUUAAGAAAAAAAUAAAUAAUGCAUCUCUGCCAGCUUUUUCAACCUACCACUAAUAACAGUUGAAGGGUUAUGAAAGAGCACUUCUCUCGACGUACAUUAUUCAGUACCAUGGACUUCUUCAAAUCUGGGACACACUCCAAACCCAGCUGUGAAGUCCAAAAUACAGCUAUGUGAGCCCUUGAUGCCUUCAGUGUGACUCUACAAUUUUCAUAGUCAUGAAAAUAAAGAAAACUCUUUGAAUGAGAAA